AUGUCUCCUGCCACAGCCGCACAGGCCCAGAGCACCGCUAACAAUAUUGCCACAGACAACACGUCCAUAGAAAGGCUCCUUGUACCUGAACCGGUCGCAAAAGAUACCCCCAAAGAGACAGGCCUAGCCACGGCGCGAGAUCAGACUAUCCCGGCAGAUAGAGAAGCCCCAAAGAGGAAGACAAGGGCUGUGAAAGGCAAAGGUGAGAUACCUCCCCCAUCAUGUCUCAGCACAUUAAGGUACAGUCACUUACAAGCCACUCCUUUUAUUAGGCCGUGCAUUGCCAUUAGUUGCAGCAAAGCUGAGAAACGCCAUCCAGUUAAGGUAGACCUAAGAAGCACCGUCGGCGAAGAAGCCUUCCUAGGUUUAGGAGGUAACAAAGAAGAAUCGAGCAACUUGGAUUACAAGCUUCAGCCAAUGUCUCAAGCCAUCAUCAAAAGAAACCAUAACAAGAUCCUUUGCAAGAACAUCAAGAUGGCGACACUACGUGGAGACACCAACUCCGUUGAGAUGCUCAAAGGUCUGCUCCACACUAAAAUUGCAGAAGAAGACCAACCGACCAGAGGCACCAGAUGCUUGCCAAAGUUCAAACGGAACCCCAUGAAAGUGAACCCGAGCAUAUAUGCCGGUCUUGUCUGGAAGGCUACCCCUGACCAUCUUUGA